AUGUCUCAUUUUUUCGCCAAAACAUAUCAAAGCGUUCAAAACCAGAAGAAUAGUCACCACAACUGGAAUCUAAUCCUUUACUCCAUUCAUUCGGAACUUAAAAGACUUGAUGUCACGAAUGGGACUGUCCGGAAGCCGAGCGCAGCCAUCCCUCCCGCGACCCGAAGUAGAGGCCGGGGAGAGAGCGGCCACACCUGA